UCUCUCUAGAAGCAGCGGCAAGCUUCCACCUCCUUCUCCGCUCUUCCCCCGUCCGUCCUGCCUGCUCAUUAUCGGUCCACCGAUCGCUCAGCAGAAGAGAGAGGAGAGGAGAGGAGAGAAGAGAGAGGAGGAGCACGACGAGGAUGAGGGGGUGGAGAGAGGAGGUGGUGGCGCUGUCGCUGGAGGCGCGCGGCCCCGGCGACGACCGGCCGGAGAAGCCGCGCCGCUACGGGGUCACGGAGAUGAGGAGCCCCUGCUACUCCUUCCGCCCCGCCCACCACGCGCUCCAGGAAAUAUUGGAUUCCCUCGGUCCUUUUGUUGAUGGCCUGAAGUUCUCCGGUGGAUCUCAUAGUUUGAUGGGAAAGGAACUGAUCAGAGAGAUCACUGAUUUAGCGCACAAGCAUGACAUGUAUGUGAGCACUGGUGAUUGGGCAGAGCAUCUUCUGCGCCAAGGACCCUCUUCUUUCAAGCAAUAUGUAGAGGAAUGCAAAGAGUUAGGUUUUGACACCAUUGAGCUCAACGCUGGAUCUCUCAAGCUUCCUGAAGAGGCUAUCCUGAGACUAGUCCGCCUCAUAAAGAACACUGGCUUGCGAGCCAAGCCCCUGUUUUCGGUCAAGUUCGACAGUUCUGAGAUGCCUGCAGCUGGUGAUAGGGCAUUUGGGGCUUACAUAGCUCCAGUGAAGCGGAGCUCAGAAAGAGUCGAAGACGUUGACCUGCUGAUACGGAGGGCCGAGAGAUGCCUGGAGGCAGGUGCAGAUAUGAUCAUGAUCGACGCAGACGACGUCUGCCAGCGCACGGAUUCCCUCAGGGCGGACAUCAUCGCGAAGAUCGUUGGCCGGCUCGGGCUCGAGAAGACCAUGUUCGAGACAUCCAAUGCCAACACCUCCGAGUGGUUCGUCAAACGAUACGGCCCACGGGUGAACCUCUUCGCCGACCACUCCGAGGUGAUGAACCUGGAGCGCCUCCGCGGCUUGGACGUGCGCCGGAGGGUCCGCCCCUUGCUCCCUUCGCCGUUCUUCCUGAUGUGAUGACGGCCUUGCUGAGUAAUGAUAUGGGACUGGGGCCUAAGCGAAGUGUUGAUGGAGCUGAGUUUUCUGUACUGGGAGGAGUUGUGUGAACUGUACUGAGGGACCUAAGCGCUGUGUUGAAGUAGUAGCGAGUCCCGGAGCCGAGGCGGCAGUGUGUUGGUACUUGGUAGCAGGUAAUAAGGAUGAGGCUGUGUGUGUAUGAUCUCGGGGUGAUUUGCACUGGGAGUAAGUCCUACUACUUGUUUCGAAUGUGUGUGAAUGUGAUGAUGCAUCUAGAGCAA